AUGGCGGAUGACGACAAGGCAAAGGCCGAGAAGCUCGCCGCGGCCAAGAAGCGUGUCGAAGCACUCAAGAAGAAGAAGCAGGCCGGUGGUGCGGCUGGUGCAGCUGGCGCCUCCGGGAAGAAGGGUGCCAAGAAGGACAAGGCAGCCAGCGAUGCCAAGGCGGUAGAAGACGAGGAGGCCGAGGAGCCGACCGCUGAAGACGACAAGGAAGAGGCUGCGGAGGCCAAGGAGGAAACCAAGAAGGAGACUGCGGACGGCACAGACAAGACCGACAAGACCGAUAAGACAGGCAAGACAGACAAGACAGACAAGACAGGCAAGACAGAUACGGCCGCAGGGAAAAGCGACAAGAAGAAGGGCAAGAAAGGUGCCAAGAAGGACGACAAGGACGAGGAGGACAAUGUCGACGAAGAUGCCGACAAAGAGAAGGAAGACACAAAGACCGACGACAAGGCCGAAGAAGAUGACAUCGUCGGCGAACCUACCUCGCCCAAAGGAGCGGUACCCUCCCUGGCCGAGCAGUCGCGUUUGCGCUCCGCAUCCUUCCGCCAUGGUGGCCCCCUGAGCCCCGGCGCCGAUGGUGAGACUGCGGCCGACAUCUAUCGCAAGCAGGCUUCGCGCAUUGAAGAGCUCGAGCGCCAAAACAAGCGCCUGACAAAGGAGAAUGCCGAUGCUGAGAAGCGCUGGCAAAAGGCCGAGGAUGCCCUGGAGGACAUCCGCGACAGCACCGGCGGCGACUCAUCCGAGGUGUCCAAACUGAAAUCCCAGAUCGCUGCCCUCACGCGCCAAAACACCCAACUCCAGGCCCGGUCGCGCCACGGCUCGUCACCCUCUAUGAGCGUGAACUCUCCACCAACAUCUGAGCUCGAGACGCAGCUCAAGUCAAAGUCGCAGACCAUUGAGACAAUGGAGCUAGAAAUGUCGCGGCUACGUGCGCAAGUCGAGCGGUUGUCGAUGGGCGGCGCCGGCAGAGAGGACGACGAAGAGGGCGGUGACAACGGCAGCCAUGCGCCAAAGCGCAGCCGCCAAGAACAGGUUGCUGCGCUCGAGGAAAAGCUAGAGCGUGCCGAGAAGGCUGCCGGCACGGCCCAGCGCGAGCUGGCCGAGCUGAAGCGCAACCUAGACCGCACAUCGGAAAAGGCCGUUCGCGAGGGCAGCGCCCGGACGAGCGCUGAGACCAAGCUCAAGACCCUGGAGAAGGAGACCGAGGACCUGCGCACCGAGCGCGACGAGCUGACCAAGAAGGUCGACAGCCUCGAGAAAAAGGUCACCACGCUUACGACGCUGCACAAGGAGCACGAUGCGCGGACACAGGCCCUGCGCCGUGACAAGGAGCGCGGCGACAAGGACCUCGCCGAGGCCCGCACGCGCCUCGAGCGCGUCGAGGCCGAGAACCUGCGGCUGCGCAAGUCCGACGCGCGCGACGGCGGCGGCACCGACGACGAGCACCUGGACGAGCUGCUCGCGAGCUCGCCCGAGGCCAGCGAGCGCAUUGAGCAGCUGGACCGCCGCGUGCGCGAGCUGGAGGCCGAGAACACGAACCUGCGCCACGGCAUCUGGCACGAGCGCCGGAAAGAGCUGCAGGUAGGCCCCGACGACACACCGGGCGGUGCCGGCGGCAGCCGCCACUUUAGCGAUGUGGAUCUGUCGCCGCUGGGCGGCAGCGGUGGCGGCAAGAAGGGCCAUGGCGGUUCUGUGAGUGGCGGCGCCAGCGGUGCUCUCGGCGACUUCUUCUCUGUCCUGACGGGCGGUGGCGGCGACCACCACGGCCAUGGGCACCAUGGGCACCAUGGGCACGACGACGACGGCCUGCUAGACGACGACGAUGACAUGGACUUUGACGAGGAGGCAUUCCGACGGGCACAAGAGGAAGAGGCGCGGCAGCGCCUCGAGCGCGUACGGGAGGCCAAGCGGGCACUCAAGAACUGGGAAGGCUGGCGGCUGGACCUGGUGGAAAGCCGGCAAGGCGGUGCCGAGGGCAUUGGGCCGAUCUUUGACAUCUAG